CAAGCAGAACGUUUUUAUUUUCGGGAAUUAAACUUUAAUAUAUAAUAUAAUAAAUAUAAUAUAAUAAUAAUAAAAAAUAUAAUCUUGCCUUUUGUGUAACACAAGUGUUUAAAUUUUAUUGAUAUAUACCAAUUUAUCGAGCGAGAUACACUUUUGCCCUCACGCACUUAAAAACAAUUCCUUACUCAAUACUAGGAAUUCGUUAGUUCUUCCUACUGAUAACCCCUGUCACCAACCAGUCUUUCCCGAAACAUGACAGUGGUCAAGGCGAUAAUCGCGGCACUAGUUUGCCUAUUUAUUGGCAGCAACAAUGUAGUGGCGCGUUUGCUGGAUGAAAAUUGUGGCACAUUCUCGGAGGAUCCGUACGGUUGGAACAUUAUUGGAGGAAACCAAACGAAUAUACUCCAGAAUCCAUGGAUGGCGUUGGUUCUGUCAAGCAAGCCAUGCGGCGGCUCUCUCAUUACUUCGCGAUUUGUACUGACAGCAGCGCACUGUGUACUCCGUGAAGAGCUCUACUAUGUGCGAUUGGGUGAAUACCUAACGCUAGAUCCCGAGCCGUACCGCGUUAAUAAUCACAGCAUACCAAGGUUCUACAACAUUAGUGCGGAUCUGAAAAUUAUUCAUAAUGGUUUUGAUUGCAUCAGCAACAAGAAUGAUAUAGCGUUGCUUCGAAUGUCCAAAACUGUGGAAUACUCAGAUUGUGUGAGGCCGAUUUGUCUCCUUGUCGAUGAGCAACUGGAAGAAUCUGCAAGCUAUAAUGCUAUCGGCUGGGGUGAGACAGAAUCUGGUCAAUUCAGCCGGGUCCUGCUAGAAACCACUGUGCAUUACAUGAAGGUUUCAUAUUGUACCAAAAAGUUCGAGAGACAAAUUGAUCAAUCGCAGAUAUGUGCUGGCAGUAGAACCAGUAACACUUGUCACGGCGACUCUGGUGGCCCCUUGAGCCACCAAUUGCAAUAUGGCAAUAAGAACCUGACUUUCCAGUACGGCCUGGUCAGCUAUGGAACCACAAUAUGCCAGGUUAAUGCGCCAGCUGUUUACACCAAUGUAUCGCAUCACAUGAAUUGGAUAUUAGAGAAGACGGCAGAAUUUGAGUCUAACUGCAGUUUAACUGAAGAACUAAUCUAUACAAAAAUAGCUCAAUUUUUGUGCAGUAUUUUCUGUUCUUAGAAAAAAAUCCAAAUAAAUUUAGGUCGAUGCUAUGCCCAAAAAAUGUAAAAAAAAAUAUAUAUUAAGUCUAGAGAUUAGGUUAUUAUAUAAUCUUGUUCUAUCUGAAAAUAUACGAUAUCACAUAAAA